UGUAUAUAAAGCCGUUCCGUUCGUCUCAUUGCUGAACAGAUGAAAUUCACAUUUGCAAUGCGCUUAUUUGCUGGUGCUCUACUCUUUGCUGCUUUGCUGGCCAUGGCAACAGCUGCUGUUGUCAUCAAUGGCGUCUGUCAGGAUUGCUCGCCGCCCGAUGCUGAGACUUUAGUGGUGGGCGAUCGGGUGUACAAGGGUCGCCCCGGACAAGGCACUGUCUAUAUCAAUGGCCAGAGUGGGCGUGGCAGUGGCAGUGGCAGUGCAGCCGGUGAAGGACCCUAUGUGGUGCCCGAGGGCUAUAGCGGACGUGUGCCAGGCGGCUCCUAUGUCCACAACUCCGACUGCAAUGGCUGCGACAUUCGCGGCUAAAUUUCACUGUAUUUGCAUGAACUGAAAUAAAGCUGUGCUAUAUAGGGUA